UAUGAUUAAGAAAAAGGUCCGCUGAAGUGUGAGUUCCUACAACCAGAACUCACGGCGAAGAGCGAAACCACGCGUCCUAUGCAUCUCACGUCCUCCGAUUGAUCCCAAUUUUCUCCUGCCGUUUACAUGGGUUUGAUCUCAAGCUCUCUCUCCGCCGAUCGCGUGCCGCCGAUAGCCACUUCUUUCCUCCGCAUAUGGAUCAUUACAAGACGCUAGGGUUGGGAAGGAACGCCACCAAAGGGGAGAUCAAGGAGGCGUUCCGUCGAUCCGCCCUCAAGUUCCACCCUGACAAGCACUCCCAGUCGUCCAAGGAGGUUAGGGAGGGAGCGUCCCUCAUGUUCAAGCAGGCUUCCGAGGCCUACGAGGUCUUGAUCGAUGACCGCAAGCGCGCGGACUACGAUCGGGUGUGGCGGGGCGGAUACUCCGAUCGCUGGAGCAGAGGAGCUUCUUCUUCUUCUUCUUAUUCGUACUCUUCACAGUACCAUGAGGGCCGCCAAUAUAGUUACCGCAGACCACCGGCGAGAGAUGGCGUGUUCGGGUUGGAUUUAGAGUCGGUUUUUCGGAUCCUGACGAGGCGCUCUUUUCUCGUGAAUAUGGCUUUUGCGAGCGUCUUGUUAGGUGCAGCAGUAGUUGUUGAGAGAAGUUCUGAAACUGUGUGGAAAAUGAACAAUUCUGGGGUUUGACUGCCUGGCUCUCGCUGGAAAGUGGAAGUGAAAAAUUAGUUUAAUAUUUUUUUAGUUACAAAUGAAAAAUCAAGUUAAAAAGGAAAAUUGGAAAAUAAAUUUGAUAGAGAGAGAGAGAGAGAGGCCUUUCAUAAAAUUAAAUGCAGGUUCAAUGAUGUAACCAUCUACAUUGAAGUCCAUUCAAGAUCUGUUGUCCACUUGGAAUUGGAAGGACACUUGGAAUAGGAAGCAUAGGUGGUUUUUUGUUCUACGAGACUUAGUAGGUUUAGUUUGGCAGUAAUUGGGCAUUUUGUCGACUAGACUAUCAUGCUGAUUACCAAGGUUCAAUAGUUAAAUAGGCCUGACAUCUGAAUAGCUAUUGCUUAAUGAAAACAAGACACUUUUUUGUUACCAAGUAAUUCCAUUUUCUUUUCAUUUUAAUUGUUUGAUGCAACAUAAACACAAUCCUUUUAGGAUUCUUCUUAGGUAUCAGGAUUAAGCUCCAGCUUUACCUCUAUUCUGUUCUGAUUUUUUUUUGUGUCUGCAUUACUCUUGCAUAGCUUUCAUGUGAAGGGCUUUCCACCCAAGUUCUUUCUGAAAUGUUAAGCAGUGAUAUGUAGUCAUUUUUAUUGAUUACCUGAAUUCAAUUUUAUAAAAAGUUGGAUCUGACUAUUGGUUAGAUCCCUGUCAUUGUAUUUUUGUUCUUGGAUAUGAUUUUCUAUUAAUUGAGAUUCUUGUUUUUUUAGCCUAUUUUUUGUUUUCAGAAAACUUAGUAUGAAUAUUUAUUUAGUAUGUUGGUACGUUUUCCAGUAAUUUUGGGGUGCUUUAUGUGUUCAGUUGAAGUUUUAAAUACAAUCUACACUUUUCCUGAGUUUAACUGCUAUCAUGCUGCAUGACAAUGCUCUUCUUUACCUUAUAUUAAAAAAUCUUGCUUAUGGUAUGAAGCUUACUAGUCAAAAGUAAAUAAAAUAUCUACAUGGAAUGUAGGUGGAUAAGAUUGAUCCAGAUUUUGUUCUUGUGAGGACUUAUAUGUUAACAUGAUCAUAUAGCCCAUUUUGACCAACCGACAUAAUUGUGCAGUGACAAUGCGUUAAAUUGUACUUCUUGUUAGUCAUGAAUAAUGAUGCCAUAGAUGUGCUCUUUUCAUUAGAUAUGCUUUCAGUUUCAUCUGUCCAUGUGGAAAGGUAUAGUAUGGAUACCGACAAAAAUGCCAAUAAAUGCAACAAGAUCCUUUUGUCUUUUAGAUAGUUCAUGUUUAUUACUCUUAAGCAGCGAACUUUCUUGCUAUUCAGGAGUUGCACUUACCUUUUCUUUUCCUC